AUGGACGACAAUGCAUAUCACUCAAACCCAGGGAGCUUCGCUUCUGUCCCUCCACCUCCACCUCCAAAGAACUACCCUCCUCUGUCCCUACAGCGUCUCCCCUCUCUCUCGGGUGCUUUGAAGCCUUUCUCUCCCGUCUCUCCUGUACGGCGCAAGCCACUUCCUUCCCAGGCCAUUCCUGUCGUCGCUUCUCCUAAAGGGCCCAUCAGUCGAAAACCCGUUCAGAUCUCAACACCUACUGCCCAGGAUCAGCGGUCAGUGCUUCUCUUCUUCUCCAAUCCAUCGCCGUCAGCUGACAGAUCAAGCAGACAACAAUUCACUCCCCCGACACUCGCUCGCAGAAACACAGACGAGAGUAGUCUGACUCGGACUAGCUCCCACGGCUCUUUGUCUCAGCCUCCAUUGGAAAGAGAACCCUCUCACUUCGUUGUCAGUCACAGUAACAAGAGGUCAAAUGGUGUUUCAGUAGAAGAAGCCAUUCAAGAGGAGGACAUGGCACUAAAGCCUGGCAUGAGGCCUGCGCCCCUGAGGACCGACUCGUCAUCGUCAACCAAAUCUCUAACCGUCACGGACGCGAAGAAGCCUCAGACACCUGGGAGCAAAUUUACCUCUUUCUUCACGCGCAAACCCAGUGCCUCUCCCAGUGCCGAGUCCUCGGUCACAGAUAUAUCUGACAGAAGAUCGCCCCUGCCCUCACCAUAUGCAGGCUCUCCUCAUGCCUCAAACCAUUCUGCAUCCGGCUACAAUUUCCCUUCCAGCCAUUCUGGGCCUCGGCCUACCCAAUCCCAGACCUCCCAAGACUCAAUUGACUUUGACGGAGGCUCUUACGUCCGAUCUUCCUAUCACAGCGAUGCCGCGACCAAAUGCCUCCAACUGGAGGCUGAGUUGCGCGAGAUCAGCACAGAACUCGCUAGCUCAAUCAAACGCGAGAUGGAUUUAGAAGACCUCGUUGACAGGCUCCAGUCGGAAGGGUCGGCCAACAGAGAAGCUGACCGCACCAGUGACUACUUCUCUGACUCUGGAAUAAGUUCAAUUCGCCCUUCCACUGUCGAAGAUCCAAAGGAAGAGAUCCAAAGGAUCAAACGAGAAGCUGAACAGCUCCGGGCACAACUCAAAGUGGAAAUGUCCCAGAAAUGGCAGUCCGAACGCUCAAGUCGGCAAGCAAUGGAGGCCCAUAUCCAAAUCCUCGAACAAAAGCUUUCUCAGAAUCGCCGUGAAACUAGCCAGUCAGCCGAUAUGAGUACCAAAGCCAGAGAACUCGAGGUUGCCCUGGAUGAUGCGAAAAGGAGAUUGAUAGAAGAACGGCAGACCAAGGAAAAUUUCGAGGAUCUGCUCACGGCCCUGCGAGUAGAACUGGAACAACAUCGGAAUGACCGCGACAACUUGCGCGACGAAGUGGUCCCUCAGCUUCGAUCGCAGAUUGAAGGUCUAGAAGCCAACCUCUCCGAGUCUCAGAAAUCUCCUUACGACUUCUCCCGCAUGCAACAAGAGAUUCAAAGUUUAAGAGAUGAGAAUGCGGCUCUGCAAAGCGCCCGAGCCAUGAAUAUGCAGUUCCGCUCGAUUGCCGAAGAAGGCGAAAUGGUCGAAUCCCCACGCAACUCAUUCAUUCAACCUCGCAGCGGCGGUCUACAACGAUCCAGUACAAUUCAUAUCAACAGGGCCAAUUCCAGAGCCACACCUAAUCGAUCAAAUUCUUUAUCCCGUUCCAAUUCAAUAGUCAACCGAGCCAUCCCUGAGUCUCAACAGUCCAUCGCUGACCAGCUGAAAGAUGUCAUUCAGCAACGAGAUGCGUUGCAUGUCACCGUGAAAUAUCUUCUGAGGCGGCAGGACCACCAACGGCAGCAGUUCACCAAGAAACUUAAGCUUGCUGAAGCCGAGCGUGAUCGGGCAAGUACAAUCAAUCAAGCCCACAAAGGCGGCUAUGAGCGUGAAGUGCGGACAUUACGGUCAGAGAUUAAUCUUUUGCGGAAAAGGGCCGAUGAUGCAUUGGAGCAGAAAUGGCAACUUGAGAAGGGCUUGUCAGGGUUCAAGAUGGACCUGGACCGCAGCAAGCAAGAGACUGCCAGUCUGCACACACUCCUUCAGGCUCGUGAUGAAAGUGCACCGGAGAUCUUGUCUUCAACACUAGAAAAGGCCCUGCGGCAGCUUCAGCAACAGAGAGAACAAGCCCGAUCUCAGGAAUCUUUGGGCUCGUUGAAGCAAGAACAAGAACUUUCUAAUGAGUUGGAAAAGUCAGCAGAACGUUCGGAAGAAUUGGCUGGCCAAGUUCGAAAACAAAUGAAGGCUAAUGCCGCCCUAAGAAAUCGCCUUCAGCAAGCGAUUGAACGAGGUGAAAACAAUCAAUCCGCCUCAACCGACCAAAUCAAUGAGCUUCAGGGAAAACUUCGCAAACUGGAAGAUAUAAUCACCGUGGCACAGAUGCAGUCAGAGACAGCAGUGAUGAAACAUGAAGAGGAAGUGCGAGUUCUGAGGGCGAGCCACAAUAUCCAGCUGAUGCGUACCAAAUCUGGGCGAAAAACACUGGGACUGCUGACUCCAGACCCACGUUCCCCUAUUUCACCAAUGUUUGCGAACAGCAAGAAAAGCCCCCGACUAGACCAAACAUCAACCGGACCGGGAACCAACCUGCAGCAGGCGCUAAAGACGGAAUAUCUCGAAAACAAGGUCGCGGAGCUCGAAAAGGCACUAUCCGAAGCAGAGAAAGAGAUGGGUGAAGUUGUUGGGCGGAUGAAUACCGCCCAAAUUGGUGUGGCCGAGCUUGAAUCAGAGAGGGACGAAGCACUACGACAGACUCGUCGACUAGAGUUAGCUAUUGCAGCCGAACGCGAGAAGGUGCAAACAUUGAUCGACUACGACUAUUCCUAUAAUUCGGAUUACUAG